AACGCGGAAGUGCGCGGCAGGUGGCGGGACAGGAUGGCGGGUGCUGGGCUGGUCCCUGUGGUGGGGCUGCUCCUGCUGGUCCUGCCGGGGGCGCUGGGGAAGCGGAGCCAAGUGAAGACUCUCACGGACAGCACCUGGCGCGAUCUGCUGCAGGGCGAGUGGAUGAUCGAGUUUUAUGCACCGUGGUGUCCUGCCUGCCAGAGCCUGCAGCCGGAGUGGGAGAAGUUUGCAGAAUGGGGGGAAGAUCUGGAGGUUAACAUUGCGAAGGUGGAUGUGACGGAAGAGCCAGGACUAAGUGGGCGGUUUAUCAUAACAGCACUGCCAACCAUCUACCACUGUAAAGAUGGAGAGUUUAGGAGGUAUCAGGGCCCAAGGACUAAAAAUGACUUCAUAAAUUUCAUCAGUGAUAAAGAAUGGAAAUCUAUUGAACCAGUUUCUUCCUGGUUUGGUCCUUCCUCAUUGAUGAUGAGCAGUAUGUCUGCUUUGUUUCAGUUAUCAAUGUGGAUCAGGCAUUGCCACAGUUACUUAACAGAGGACAUUGGCAUACCGGUUUGGGGAUCGUAUGCCAUUUUUGCAUUGGCAACUCUGUUUUCUGGUUUGGUACUAGGACUUAUCAUGGUAUUUUUAGCAGACUGUCUUUGUCCCUCCAAAAGGCACAGACCUCAACAAUAUCCUUAUUCAAAAAAAUUAACAUCGGAAUCAUCCCUGUUUUUGAAAAAACUGGAUGAGGAGCAAGAAGCAGAUGAAGAAGACCUUUCAGAUGAUGAAACAGAGAAUAAAGAGUUGGUAGACAGAGACUAUUCAACAAAUGCUGUAAGACAGCGCCCUGUAAAUCCUGCCGCCACAACAGAUAAAUCUUAGUUUCAUUUACUUACGGGAUUUCUUUUGUGAGUCAUAAAAAGCAAAAAGAGUUGAAUGUACCAGAGCCUUCUGCUUGAAGAGAGCUGUGACUCUUAUUACUAAUUCAGAAACAGGUACCUUCUUAAAAAUAUCACUGGCAUCAGGUAUUUGAAACUAAAACUAGCUAUCGCAGGUGGCUGAACUUACUACUGUGUCUGCAGAGUUGUGCCAAGGAAUAGUUUUUUUUCUGGCUUUUUGAAUGAUUUCUUCUAUGGGUCAGUUG